UUCAACAUCAACGACUAGACUUGAUAAUAAUGUUUAUGGAUGUGAUAAUAAUGAACAAUCAAAAGAUGAAUUUGAUAUCGAAAUUGAACAAAUACAAGAGUGGACAGUUGAUACAAUUGAUAUAUCAAAAAGAUUUAAAAGUUAUCAGCAAUCUGUCAUCACAAAAUUUAAAAACAAUAAUUUAAGUUGGAAUGACACUUAUGAAAUAUUAUCAUUGGCAUCCAUAUUUGUGGUCUGUAAACCUUGUCCUUAUCAGAGUAUAUUUAGUGAUGAUGAAUGGAAUCUUGUAGUUGAAAAAAGCCCAUUUGUUAUCCAAGGACCAAUAAUACCAGACACUGUAUCAACUAUAGUUCACAAUGCAGCAAGAAAACACACCAUAAACCAAGAUAGUUAUAUUAUUGCAAACAAAGAUCCCUUGUGCAGGUCAGCAGCACAAAUUUUCAAUGGAUUGCGGCAAACUCUACCAAUGACAUCACCAGUAAAAACAACUGAAGAUGAACAUUGCAACAAAUUUUUAAAUGUUUACAUCAAUAACAUUUUUACUGCACAAAAGUGCUAUGAAGUCAGAUUUAAUUGUUCUUUAUUAGAAAGUAUGCAGAGACCUGAUUUUUUAUGCACUAUAGAUGAUGUGCCAUUUUUAAUAUCAGAAAUAAAACCACUUGGUACAAGUCCUCUACUAAAGAAAAAUUAUUUCAAAAAAGCCCACUUAAGAGCCAAGGAUGCAUUAAACCAACAGCUGGAUAAAAAAGGUGGACCAGGUAAAGUUGUACUAUUGAUUAAUGCAGGAAAUUCACUGAAAUCAUUUAUCAUGGAUCAGUACAAUGGAAUGUACUGUUCAUGGGCUACAGACAUACCUGGUAUACCAUUAGUGGAAUCUAAUUUUGAACACUUUGUUGGAAUAGAA